GUCGUUUGUCAAAAUACCAAAGGAUCAUUCAGGUGCAUUUGUAAACGUGGAUUCACCGGGGAUAUACAUAAUUGCACAGACAUCAACGAGUGUGUUAUGAAUACCCACAGCUGCAGUGAUAUAAAUGCUACUUGUAAAAAUACCAAUGGAUCGUUCAAGUGCAUUUGUAAUCCUGGAUUCAGCGGGGAUAUCGACAAUUGUACAGACAUCGACGAGUGUGUUACAAAUACCCACAACUGCAGCAAGAGCACCCACUGUACAAAUACCGAGGGAUCUUACAACUGCUCUUGUAAUCCUGGAUUCAGCGGGGAUAGAGAAAAUUGCACAGACACCGACGAGUGUGUUAAAAAAACCCACAACUGCAGCAACAACGCCAACUGUACAAACACCGAGGGAUCCUACAACUGCUCUUGUAAUCCUGGAUACGGCGGGGAUGGACAUAAAUGCCAAGACAUUGACGAGUGUUCUCAAAACAGCCAUAACUGCAGCGAUAUAACUGCCACUUGUAAUAAUACCAAAGGAUCUUUCAAGUGUAUUUGUAAACCAGGAUUCAUUGGUGACGGAUACAGCUGCACAGACAUCGACGAGUGUGCCGAAAAUAUCCACAAUUGUAGCAAGAACAACGCCACUUGUAGCAACAGCAAGGGAUCGUUCAACUGUUCUUGUAAUCCUGGUUUCAGAGGUAAUGGAUACAACUGCACAGACAUUAACGAGUGUUUUCAAAACCACAAUUGUAGCGAGAACGCCAACUGCACAAACACCGAGGGAUCUUACGACUGCUCUUGUAAUCCUGGAUUCAGCGGGGAUGGACAUCGAUGCGAAGACAUUGACGAGUGUUUUCAAAACAGCCGUAACUGCAACAAUGUAACUGCCACUUGUAACAAUACAAAGGGAUCAUUUAAGUGCAUUUGUAAAAAAGGAUUCCGUGGUGACGGACACAAAUGCACAGGUACUAAAUAG